UUAAAACAGCCUGCGGAUGCCGCCUUGCCGCCAUAACCUCAACAAUCCUCAUUCAUUAAUAUUGUAUCUUUCACACGUGUUCUUAAUUUUUUUGUUGGUGAAUUAUUUGUAAAAUAGAUUAUAAAUAAAAUAAUGGAUAUUACGGAAAAUAAAAAAAAAAGAUCGCGGGCUCCGAACUAUACUUACAAGGAGAAAGAAAUUCUUUUAAAUAUAAUUCUUCAGUAUAAAGAAAUUAUAGAAAAUAAAAAAACAAAUGGGGUCGCAAUAAAUGAAAAAAAAGAAACGUGGACAAAAAUUUGGGAAGAAUUUAAUGCUGCUUCUCCAAGUCUCGUUCCCCGACCGUUGGAAUCAAUUAAGAAAUAUUACGAUAAAUUAAAAGAAGAUUUAAGGAAGCGAAAAGGAGAUCUGAAGAAGGAGCUGUACAAAACAGGUGGAGGUGUUUCAAAUAUUCCUAAUGAACUACCUGGAGACGAGCUGUUACUAUCGAUUGUACAUGAACAUACAGUGUAUGGCAUGAAUACCAAUUUUGAUAGUGAUGGGCCAGCAGAAGUAUUACAGGAUGAAACGAGCCUUUUUGAUGAUAGAUUUGAAAUGAACGAAUCUAAUGAUAUUGCUGAAGAUAGAAGUGAAAAGUCAGAGGAAAAACAAGACAAUCCAACAAAUGGCGACGUUAGUAAUAUAAUGAAGCAAAAUUCAGAGUUAGAAUUCAGCCCUAGGGACUCAAAACCAAAUGCAGUUCUCAAAAGGAACAUAGAAAAGGUUUACACGCCAAGUUCCUCAAUAAAUUUAAAAAAGAAGAAAACAGAACUCAGUCGCAGAAGACCUACUGUCAUAAGAACAUUAACAUCUUCUAGAUUAGGUGAAAAAUAUGAGCAACUGGUUAAUAAAAAAUUGGAACUAGUGGAGUGUUAUAAAAAAGAACACUUGCUGAGAAUGCAAAGCUUAGAAUUGGAUAUUGCACUUAAAAAGAGACAAUUAGAAGCUGGCACUACUUCUGCAACACAUAAUUCAAACAGUGUUUUUUUGGAAGAUCAGACUAUCAAUUUUCUCUAAGAUCAGUUCUAAAUGUGUUUUAACCUAAAUAAAUUUUUUUUUGUAG